AUGUAAUAUCAAUUUCCUCUUGAUCUAGCAGUUAAUAAAGAUUGUAGAAAAUCAUAAAGUGCAAAUAAAUGUAGAGUUGGAGAUUCACCAAACAAAUUGUAUUAAAAUUACACUCAUAAAAACUAAAGUUAACCUAAAGUUGUGAAUAUUUUUAGAAGUUUUGUUUCAUAAUAUAACAUUUUAUAGAUCAUGCAAAUAGAUCUAAUAACUAUUUGAAGACUUCGAUUGAUGUUCAUGAAAUAAAUAAAUCGAAAAAGUCUGUCACUUCCCAUUAAAGAAUCAAAACUGAAAUUGAUAAACAGAAUGACUUUAAUAAACGAUUUUAUCCUAAUGACAUCUAAAUGUUUUUAAGUAUAAAUUAAAAUUGAUAGAGUAGAUAAGGUUGAGAUUUAGAACAAUAAAUUAAAUGCUUUAAAUAAUAAGAUUACAACUAAUAAAGGGAAUCGAUUAAAAGCAGUUAAAGUUAAUUAAGGAAGGUUUCUUCUCUCUAAUAUAUAUAGUUUAUAGAGAAAUCUAUGAUUAUAAUCAAACCAAACAAUCUAGUUAACCUGAUCUAUAGGAUUAAAUUAUGAGAAAGACAAACAAUUAUUUAAGUAAUAAUUACUAUUAAUUUAAGGAAAUAUUAAUAAGGGUUUGUCUACUCCUAAUAAUAUAGAUGAAAACCCUUAAUUCAAUUAUUUUUAAUAGAGAAAUCGAAGAAGUAAUUAUGAUGAUGUUACUCCAUUAAGAAGAUCUGUAUUUUAAUAGAUUCAAGAUUAUAGUGAUACAAAAUUGGAGUAUCGAAACAAUAGUUUAAUUAUAGUUAAAUAAAUGUAACAAGAGAGGAAGAUGUAAUGCAAUUUUCAUUUGGAUUACAAUAUAAUAAAUUGAGAGCUAUAAAAAGAUUUCCAAAAGAUAUAUUUUAUGGAGAUGUUCGAAAAGCAAAGAAAAAUUUACAAAUGUAAUGA